AGACAGCAUCGCCGCGAGCACUGAACCAGCAACGCGCUAUUUAUUCACGAGUCGCUACUGCUAGCAUAAUAUAGCAAGCGCGGAAAAGGGGAGGAGGGAGCGGGGCGAGCUAGCUGAUUAGCCGUGUUGCCUAUCUUUGGAGAUUGUUUGGUUCGACCUUGGCCGGCGGCGAGGCGAUGGACCAGGUGCUGCGCAAGAGCAGCCUGCGGUCGCACGGGUCCGGCAAGUCGUUGUCCAGGCCGGGGUCGGGGACGCUGGACCCGCGGUCCCACGAGGAGCGACCAAUACUGGCCGGCAGCGACGGCGGCAACCGCCGGGAGGUCGUCGUGAAGAUCGAUGGGAACGGGAACGGGCACGCCCCGUUCUCCUUCCACUGCGCGGGAGGCGGAGGGGCGGGGAAUGCGACUUCGAGCACCAACUCGAUGGCCAGCACGCCGAGGGCGGCAAGCAGGACGAGGUCGAGCGGGACUAGCUCGCCGCGAUCUCCGGCCAAGGUGUUGCGGGAGGGGAGCUACGAGUUCUGGAAUAAUGACGGCGGCGGCGGCGACGGGAGCGCUGCCACCGAGGCGUUUAGCUUCAAGAACCGUCCGCCGCAGGCGCCGUCGUCUUCAUCGCAGGCGUCGUCCCUUUCGCUGUCGCCGCAGCCGGCGAACGCCGCGGGCGAGGGAGGCGAGGACCCGGCUACGCGGUUCAUCGGGAACUUCCUCCGGAAGCAGGCGGCGUCCGGCGACGAGAUGUCUCUCGACCCCGACAUGGAAAUGGAGGAGCUCGGGAGGACGGCGCAGCUGCGCGCGCAGACGUCCUUCUCUAGCUCGCUCGAACGGGAUGCCCAUGUCUCCUUCCAUGAACCCCAAAAGCGGCUCUCCACGUCGUCAUCUUCCUCCGAUUCCAGUGCCGGCGACGGCUGCAAGCUGGUACGCUGCUUAUCUACUUCCACCGCUGCGGGAGCGGGACCAUUGCUGCGAGCCAAGACGCGCUCCCGGCUCAUGGACCCGCCGCCGCAGCCGCAGUCGGCACCGGCACCGGCACCCGCCGCGGCUCCAGUCAUCGACGAGGAGCGGAGGUCGUCUGUCUUGCGGACUCCUACAAAGUCCGGCCAGCUCUUCUCGGGGCUUAUGUCCGGCCCCUUGGGCAAGUCAGGUCCCAUGGACGAGGAGGAGGACCCAUUCAUGAACGAGGAUAUUCCCGACGACUUCAAGCGUGGGAAGCUGGACUCUCUGACCAUCUUGCAGUGGGUCAGCUUGUUCGUCAUCAUCGCGGCUUUAGCGUGCAGCCUUAGCAUAAGGAUCUUGUCCGAGAAGAAGGUGUGGGGUUUGCACCUCUGGAAGUGGAAGCUCCUGGUGUUUGUGCUCAUCUGUGGCCGUCUCGUCUCCGGAUGGGUCAUCAGGAUUGCCGUGUUCGGUGUCGAACGCAACUUCUUGCUGCGGAAGCGUGUGCUCUACUUUGUGUAUGGCAUGCGCAGCGCCGUGCAGAAUGCGCUCUGGCUCGGCCUGGUGCUUGCCUCUUGGCACUUCUUGUUUGACAAGAACGUCCAGCAGGAGACAAACACUCCAGUGAUGCGCUACGUGACCAAGAUACUAUUCUGCUUCCUCGUCGCGACGCUGGUCCGCCUUGCCAAGACGCUGCUGCUCAAGGUGCUGGCCUCGUCCUUCCAUGUCUCCGCAUAUUUUGAUCGGAUUCAGGAGGCAUUGCUCAACCAAUAUGUCAUAGAGACACUUUCUGGGCCGCCAUUAGUUGAUGAAAACGAUGUGCUUGAGGAGGUUCACGAGCUCCAACGUGCAGGCGCAACCAUCCCGAAUGAGCUUCGUAGGGUGGUGCCAACCAAGAAUGUUUCUGGGCAAAGGAGUAUUCGGUUAUCAGGGAUCAUGCCAAAGGGAGAAGGUAGCAAGCAACUGUCGAAGGAGAAAGGAGAGGGGAUCCCUAUUGACAAGCUUCAUAGGCUCAACCAGAAAAACGUCUCAGCUUGGAACAUGAAGAAGUUGAUGAGGAUUGUUCGGUUUGGGACACUAAUGACAAUGGAUGAGCAGAUACAGCAGGCAACAGGCGAGGGGGGUGAAUCAGCGACACAGAUUCGCAGUGAAUAUGAGGCAAAGAUAGCUGCCAAGAAAAUCUUUCACAAUGUAGGGAAACCUGGCUCCAAGUACAUAUACUUGUCAGACUUGAUGCAAUUCGUGAGGCAGGAAGAAGUCAUCAAAGCAAUUAAUCUUUUUGAAGGAGCACAGGAGAACAGGGUCAGCAAGAGGUCUCUCAAGAAUUGGGUGGUGAAUGCAUUUAGAGAGCGCAAAGCUCUUGCCUUAACACUUAACGAUACAAAAACUGCAGUAAACAAGCUCAACCUGAUGGCUAAUGUUUUCGUUGGGAUCAUUGUGUUUGCUCUCUGCCUUCUAAUUCUGGGCAUAGCAACAACGCAUUUCUUUGUCUUCCUCAGUUCACAACUUCUUGUGGUAGUUUUCGUAUUUGGAAAUACUCUGAAGACAGUUUUUGAGGCGAUUGUGUUCUUGUUCGUGAUGCAUCCUUUUGAUGUUGGGGAUCGUUGUGAAAUUGAAGAUGUUCAGGUGGUUGUUGAGGAAAUGAAUAUCAUGACAACCGUGUUUCUCCGAUAUGAUAACCUGAAGAUCUAUUAUCCAAACAGUGUACUUGCCACCAAACCAAUCAUGAAUUACUACAGAAGUCCUGAUAUGGGAGAAGGGAUUGACUUUUCCAUUCAUGUUGCUACCCCAGUGGAGAAACUGGCCCUCAUGAAGGAACGAAUACUACGUUACAUAGACAACAACAAGGAACAUUGGUACCCGGGAGCCAUGGUUGUCCUACGGGAUGUCGAUGACACCAACAAGCUGAAAGUAUCAAUAUGGCUCCGGCACACACUCAACUUCCAGGACAUGGGGAUGAGGUUCGUGAGGAGGGAGCUGGUGCUCCAGGAGAUGAUCAAAGUAUCGAAGGACCUCGACAUCGAGUACCGGAUGUUGCCGCUUGAUGUGAAUGUACGGAAUGCGCCUCCCAUCCAGUCCACAAGGAUGCCUACAACAUGGAGUUAUUCUUGAAGCUGUAACAAAGACCAGACCAUUGAGCUAUGAGAUUGCAGAUGGUGUGUUACCUUCCAUGGAUUGAUUUUAGCUGCAAGAUCUUGGCGGAAGCCAGCGAAGUAGCAAGUGGUUUGAGCUGCAAGGGCUUGGUAGCAACUACUCCCCGUUAGUGGGCAGAUUAGCAUGUAGCGGGGCAGCCGUCACUUGUGCACCCUGUAAUUAAUGUAUUCUGUUGCGUGAUGAUAGAUAGCUUCGGUACAUUUGAUGGAAAACGGUGGCUUGGCGACAGUGGUAAUUAAAGAUGGCAAAUAUGGCAUGGCAUUGUAUAGGCAAACUUGAAA